AUGGUAAACUGCGCAGCUUGUAAUAAAACUAUAAGGGGAAACCAACUAAUGAAAUGCACAAAGUGCGAUUACCAAUACCACCCUUUGUGUGUUAAUAUGUCCGAGUAUCGUAAGAUUACAGAGAUAACAAGAUCAACAUGGAUAUGCCCACAGUGCCGCUGUGCGACGCCAAAAAUCGAUAACACGAACAAACCCAUACGCUCACCCGUAGUCCAGUGGUGGUUGAAUCACCCUCUUUGGCAGCAAACUCAUGUCAGUUAUCUCUGCUGGCUUCGGAAAUAA